ACUGCCCUGCUGUCACAGUUGCUUACAUUGCAAUGGGCUUCCUCUAACGUUACUUGUGAAAUUAUUGCAUCAGCACAUUGAAAUGACAGUGUAACGCCCGUUUAGAUUUUAAUAAAAGCUACCGAGUUUAUGUGAAGAGAAGAGAUACAGCGACAGAGAGCGCAAGCAACGCAAGCAACAAAUCGCAGCCUCAAUUUCACUGGUGACAAUUUGAGAAAUCAACGAGGACGGUGACCAGCUGAACGGACUCUUUCCAGCCGCGUAUUUUUAUUCAUUGGAGGCAUGACAGAAGGCAAAAACAUGAUAGAAAACGAAGCUGGCGCAAAUACGAACAUUGUGACUGAUGAAGCUGACGGAAAGACAGAGACGAAACCCCUCAAUGUACCUGCAGAGAUGAAGGAGAACGGGGACAGCAAAGCCAUAACAGAGAAAGGGUCCGAAACCGUUGCCGAGAAAGAGUUUGAGCCGCCGGAGGGUGGAUGGGGAUGGGUUGUCAUGUUGGCGGCUAUGUGGUGCAAUGGAUCAGUAUUCGGCAUCCAGAACGCUUUUGGCAUCUUGUUUGUGUACCUGCUGCAAGAGUUCGGAUCACCGGACGACAAAGACCUUCAAUUCAAAACUUCAUGGGUGGGCUCCCUCUCCAUGGGGAUGAUCUUCUUCUGCUCCCCCAUCGUCAGCGUGGUCACAGACAUGCUGGGCUGCAGGAUAACAGCCAUAGGAGGUGCAGCUGUGGCCUUGGUUGGACUGCUGGCCAGUUCCUUUGUCACGUCCCUGGGGCCCAUGUACUUCACCUACGGCAUCGUGUUCGCCUGCGGCUGCUCGUUCGCCUACCAGCCCAGCCUGGUCAUCCUGGGCCACUACUUCAAGAAGCGCCUGGGCCUGGUCAACGGCAUCGUGACGGCGGGCAGCAGCGUGUUCACCAUCACACUGCCCUUCCUGCUAAAGGUGCUGCUGGAGCGCGUGGGCCUGCACAACACGCUGCGCCUGCUCAGCAUCUUCAUGUUCCUCCUCAUGCUGGCCGGCUUCACCUACAGGCCCCUGCUGCCGCCCACGCCCAGUGGCAAAAAGAGUGGCAUCCAAAAGGUCUUCAACGUCAACAUCUGGAAGUCGCUGGGCUACCGCAUUUGGGCCUUCGGGAUCCCUGCAGCCCUCUAUGGCUACUUUGUGCCUUAUGUUCACCUGAUGAAACACGUGGAGGAGCGAUUUGGGAAGGACGCCAACAAGGAAGUCCUGCUCAUGUGCAUUGGCAUCACGUCCGCUGUGGGUCGUCUCAUUUUCGGCAGGGUGGCUGACUAUGUGCCGGGGGUCAACAAGGUGUACCUGCAGGUGAUGUCGUUCCUGGUGAUUGGCCUGAUGUCCAUGAUGAUCCCGCUCUGCAACGUCUUCGGAGGGCUGAUCGCCGUGUGCCUGCUCAUGGGCCUGUUUGAUGGCUGCUUCAUCUGCAUCAUGGCGCCCAUUGCCUUCGAGCUGGUCGGCCCACAGGAUGUGUCCCAGGCCAUCGGCUUCCUGUUGGGCAUGAUGUCCGUGCCCAUGACCGUAGGGCCACCCAUCGCAGGUUACCUGAGGGACCGGCUGAUGAGCUACGACGUGGCCUUCUACCUGGCAGGUAUCCCCCCCCUCAUCGGCGGGGCCAUGCUGUGCCUCAUCCCCUGGGUGGAGCGCCGGCGUAAGGCCCGCCUGGCCAAGGAGGCCAAGGAGAGUCCGCAGAAGAUGCUGGAGAACAGGAGCAACAGCGGAGGCCAGGGAGAUGUGAGGAGCGCCGAGCCCGAGUCUGUCAUCUAACACACGUCUGUGUUCCGCCAAGAAAUCACACACACGGACACACAAACUGACAUGUAUACAUAUACAUAUACAUACGGACAUACAUACAUACAUAUGUGUAUGUUUGAUUAUGUAUAUGUAUGUAUAUGUAUAGACACGGGGCAUUCUUAAGAGUGAAAGGCUGUAUGGUUUUAUAUAGUGCCAAGCAUGAGUGAUUUGUGUUUACCAGUGUAUGCCUACUCAGUGUAUUUGAGGGAGAAAGAAACGUCUUUAAGCACCAAAACAUAUCAACGAAAAAGCCGAAGUGUGUAUUGUUAAUAUGAAUGUGAUCUUUGUGAGCUAUGCAUAGGACUGUGGUUUUCUAUCAAUCUUCCAGCUGUCAAAUGACCUUGAGGUUGUAAGGUGGAAAUGAGGAAAACUUGAAUUUUUUUACAAGGGAAAAAUACAUUCUUUACCAAGGUGCUUUUUAAAUGUUUAACAAGCGCUUAUCUGACCAUGGAAAUGGCACAUCCUUGGCUGAAAGCAUUGGCCUUUGAGUUGUAUGAGGUGAAUAAUGCUGUAACUGGCACGAGCCUCGCUUUAGUUUCUAUAUUUAAUGAAUUUUACUAUCCCUAAAUGUCAUUUUUAUGAAAUAGUGCAUGCUUAGUUUUUUCAAAAAAAAAAAAAAAAAAAGCUUUGAAUUGACUUAAAAAUGUAGCCAAAGAAAUUGACAAGGUAAAUAUAUAUACUUAAAUAUCUUUGCAAUGUUUUUUCAUAUUAAUAUUCAUGCAAUUUUAUUAUAUUUUGGCGAUGAAGUCUAUUUUAUGAAUAGCCAUUACCUAAGGAAUGAGUGGUAUGUUAUUUUCUUAAGGAACAGGAAUGAAUUAAUGCUGCGAUGGACCUCGCCCAUGUGAAUGUAUCGGUGACUAAGUAAUAUUAGACAGACUGUCACUUCAAAGAAGUGUUUUAUUUUUAGAGAUGGUGUUGGGGGAGAUCUUAGUUCUAAACGUUCUGUAUCACAUUGAAGCACAAUAACUGAUACAUGCAACAUGCCUUGAGAGAUUUCAUCUCCCACCAAAACCUAUAGCAUGUCUCGCACAAAAGCUUCAUUCUGGGCCAAAUGACAGUGUCGUUGCACGUAUUAUGUCUAAGAUGCUGGAGGGUGGGCAACAUGACUUGCUCAGCUUCUGCAUGCCAGUGCUGUCAGUACUUAAUUUCUUUACAGUCGGUUGAUUUCUAGCACACUUUUGUGUUGCGUAACACCAAAUAUUUACAACCAUUUAUAUGUGCUGAUUACCAAAUUGUAUUUACUGACCAUAUGCAACAUCAAUGUUACAUGUUAGUCGUGAUCAUUUCAGGAAGUUAACAAAUGAAAUGUAUUCAGUUAUUGUAUCCAUUUGUUUUCCCAUCUUCCUUCCUUUAUUUAAUUAUUAGAACAGUAGUUUUCAGCAGAUUUAAAACAAAAUAGUAUCUAAAAUGCUGUUGCCAUCAUAUACUAUUAUUCAGUAUAUAGCCAUAUAGACAGACAGACAAUGGAUCAAGUUCAACAGAUCCUUGCAGCCACUCUUCCUAAUCAACCAUUAGUACACCCCUCAGCAUCUCAGCACCAAGAUUUGCUUUGCAAAUGACAAACAUACAAUAAAAUGUUUGCAUUGCCUGUACACAUUAGAACUAUUUAUGUUUGUUUUAUGCAUAUGCAAAACACAUGCCAAUUAUUUUGUCAUAAUCUUGUUUGCUAAAGUAGCUUCUACCCUUGAAUGAUUCUUUAUAUACAGUGCAUAAUGUAGAGGAAAGUAAUAGUUUGCUUGUCAUACAACAUAUAUAUAUAUUUAUCAAAAGUACAUGAAGGAAACUUAUUCCAGAAAAUUAUAACUGAUAUUAAUAACAUAUCACCAUGAUUGAUUUCCACUCAACUUAUUGAGGUAAUAUAACUCAUCCUGCUGGGGUGAUAGUAAUUUACAAAUAAUUUAGUUCCAAAAGAACUAUUGACAAAUUCAGAUACUGGUUUGAUAUUAAUUCAGGACAGAUUUGUAAUACAGUCUACCUCAAUUGAUGUGAUUUUUUUUCUUACUUCAUAAGGGAUCUGUUAUGACACACCUGGUGCAAGCAUUCAUUGAUGCGCUUGGUUUGAUUGGUUGACCACUGAAGGUGUGUUCAUACAGCUAUCCUUUUCAUUAAAACUAACACGUUGACGUUUGUUAAAGGACAUCCUCUUAUUGUUUUUUCUUUUUCAGCAGCUUUAAUAUUGGUUUGUUGUAUUCCAUACACGAUGCAAGUGUUGGCAAACUGCAAAGUACAAACGUUUGUAAAAAAGUAAUGUCUCUACCCUGGCCCUUGUGUUUGAUUUAAUGUCCCACUGAACUAUUUCAGUAUUUGACAUCAAUGUUAUGUUCAGAAUGUGAAUUAUUGAGUCAUAUACUUUUGUUUAGCCAGUGGAGAAACAGAAAUGAAUUGAUCUUGGUGUUCUCUGUUGUUUUUUUUUGUUGUGAUUCAAAUCAAACUGCGCAUUCUCUUCCUCCACACAUUUUCAGCUGCUUUUGAAAGUAUUAGAAAUGUAUUUUGAAUAUGUAUGCAAUAUAUAAAUCUACACCACAAAGUACCUUAUCCAUUUAAUUAUAGUAUUUAGUUUUAAGGUUUUUACUGAAAUAUUUUUGGAUGACAGCCUGUAUAUGUAUGAAUUCAUGAGUCAAGCCCCAAAAUGAUCACCCAGAAUAAAAUGACUUGAGUACCUUGAA